AUGGCAAUGGAAACGCCCAUCAGCGAGUCACCACAUCCUUCUCUUGAAGAACAGAUCGCGUCUCUCACGCAGACGGUGCAAUCCAACAGAGAAUCUCUUGAUGAUGCUACCCGAUUGAGGACUCUCAAGGCAGCACGAGGCCUCCUGGACGCCCUGGGGUCUCCACCAGAGACUGUGAUGCAAGAUGUGGUUUUAAAUCCUGUUUUGCUUAUGGCCCUUCGCAUGGGGGUGCAGCUUGGGGUAUUCCGGAUGAUCUGCGACCGCCAAGAGGAGGGGACAACUACUGAGCAAAUGGCGGCCCAGUCAGGAGCAAGUGUUAUCGUUGUCGGUGGGUUUACGUACUUGUCCUCCUACAAUGCCGGCUGCAAUAUGGAGUUGCGGUUGUUGUUGGCCGCCGCGGGAUACGUGUCAGAGGCAGGAGUCCACACCUACAAGCCUUCCCCUCUCACCAUGGUGAUGGCGGAUGGGACCCUUGAGGCGACAACUAGAGCAUGUUUCGAUAUUGGAAACUACUGCACUACCUAUGCCCCAGAGUACUUCCGUCAGAAUCACAAUCAGUUCCCGACAUCCGCAGAAGAUACCCCCUUCCAGCUCGCAAAGAACACUCCCAUGAGUUACUUCGCGUGGCUGGGACAGAACCCGUCCCUGGCCAAGGACUUCCAGCAAUGGAUGACACUCAAGCAGCAAACAACCCCGAACUGGGUGGACUGGUUUGAUAUUCAAGGCAAACUCAUUGGGGGCUUUCGCAACCAGCCGGGUGAUGUCUUGCUUGUGGAUGUGGGUGGUGGCGAAGGACAGUAUCUCCAUCCAUUCAAUGACAAAUUUCCUGAUGCCCCAGGGCGUCGCAUUUUGCAAGAUCUACCGCAAGUGAUCUCCACCAUCAACAAUCCACCCAAGGGUAUUGAGUUGAUGGCGCAUGAUUUCUUUACUGCUCAACCUGUGAAAGGCGCUCGAGCAUACUAUAUGCAUUGGAUCCUGCAUGACUGGCGAGACGAGCAAGCGCACAGUAUCUUGAGCAAUAUUGUCGGAGCCAUGGAACCAGGUUAUUCUCAAUUAAUCAUCAACGACCAGAUCAUCCCUGAUCGGGAUUGCGACUUUCCCACCGCGUGUAUCAGUAUUAUGAUGAUGCUCCAGGUCGGCGCCUUCGAACGCACCGAGAAACAGUGGCGUGAUCUUCUUACAUCUGUAGGCUUGAAGGAUGUUUCCUUCUACCAACCACCAAGCAAUGGGGAGGGCAUCAUUGUUGCCACAAAGGCGUGACCUGUUCUUGCAUUAUUGGGUUGAAUAGAUGUACAUUUCUGGCACCAUAGACAAGGAUUUAGAAUAAGG